AUGAGUAACGAGAGAGUAAAGAUGCGCAAGCAAUUGGGACUUUUGGAAGGUGUCGCUAUUAUAUUAGGUAUAAUCUUCGGGAGUGGUAUUUUCAUUUCACCCAAGGAAGUUUUAGAAAAAACGGGGUCAGUGUGGGGUGCAAUAUCCGUAUGGAUCAUAUGUGGACUCUUGGCGACCCUAGGGGCUUUGUCGUAUGCUGAAUUAGGUACCACGCUAGCACAAAGUGGAGGGGAUUACCAUUACAUUAAUGAAGCCUUCGGACCACUACCAGCAUUUCUUUACCUGUGGGAUGCGAAUCUUAUAUUUGUACCUAGCACCAAUGCUAUAAUGGCAUUGACAUUCGCCAACAACUUAUUGGAACCACUGUUCCCAAAUUGUCCAAUAGAUCCAUUGAGUCAAAAACUAAUAGCUGCUGUUACAAUUUGUCUAAUAACAUUCAUAAAUGCAUAUGAUGUGAAAUUUACGACAAGAAUUCAAAAUGUUUUCAUGUUUACAAAAAUUUUUGCUCUUAUAGUCAUUAUUAUUGGAGGAAUAGUUUGGAUUUCUCAAGGAAAAGUAGAAAAUUUCCACGAUGGGUGGGCAGGCACCAAGACAUCUGUUAGUGACUGGUCUGUGGCUUUCUAUUCUGGAAUAUUCUCGUACUCUGGCUGGAAUUACCUUAAUUUUAUGACGGAGGAAUUGCGAGAUCCGUAUGUGAACUUGCCGCGGGCGAUUUACCUGUCUCUGCCGCUGGUAACAGCAAUCUACCUGCUGGCCAACCUCUCGUACCUGGCCGUUUUGGGCCCAGUGGGCGUCAGAGCUACUGAGGCGAUCGCUGUCGACUUUGCGGCGGCCGCGCUGGGCUGGCUGCACUGGGCGAUGCCGGGGCUCGUGGCCGUGGCCGUGGCGGGCGGGCUCAGCGUGCACGUGAUGACCUCCUCGCGGAUGUGCUUCGCCGGUGCGCGCAACGGGCACAUGCCCGAGCUGCUGGCGCACAUCAACCUUGCCUGCAUGUCUCCGCUACCCUCGCUGCUCUUCCUGAUGCUGAUAUCGCUGGUGAUGUUGAUCCCGAAUAGCCUGACUUCGCUGAUCACUUACUGCACCGUGGUGGAGUCCUUCUUCACCACGCUCAGUUGCAGCGCCGUGCUCUGGCUGCGAUACAAGAAGCCCGAGUUGGCGCGGCCCAUCAAGGUGGCGCUGUGGAAGCCGUGCGUUUUCGUGUCGACGAGCGCCCUCCUGCUGGUGGUGCCGGUGGCGAGCGAGCCGGCGGCGGUGGUGGCGGGCGCCCUCAUCACGCUCUCGGGCGUGCCCGUCUACCUGCUGCUGGUGCGCGCCCGCCCCAACCUUCUGCACGCCGCCUCCACCAAGUUCACACACUUCUGCCAGAAACUUUUCUUCUCCGCCGUCGAGGACAAGGAGCAG